CCUGCCGGGGAAGGGAAGUGCGUCCGGAGGGGAGGGGCCAGCUCUUCAGGUAGAAACGACGGCUGCCAGAGCCGCGUGAGGUAAAAAGGGAUGGCUCUCAGGCGGCGGAGGUGUAGCUCCCGGGAGCCUCACGUUUGUGUCCAGUGCCACCUCACACCUGGUGGUUACGCAAAUGGCUGCGGAUUCUUCUGGAUUUUCGGCGCUGGACAUGAGCGCAGCCUCAAACCUCUCCCGAGACUGGACGCCCGGCGCCUUCCACGCGCGUUCUUUCUUUUCGGGCGGUCCCUUGAAGCAGGCUCCCCGCGGGCUUUUGGCUGCAGUGGGGCCUGUCUCGGGUUCCGGUGUCCAGCGGAGUCAGAGGUCACGCAGAUGCUGAUGGAGGGGUGCAGGAGCCGGAGAGGUGGAACAGGUCCUUCCGGAUACAGAGAGCCGGGCGGUCCAACAGCCUUUGUUCUCUCGUGGGUCCCGCCCGGAAUCCACACCACCGGAGCCGAGUGUCGUGGGCCCGGGAGUCAGCAUCCUGCCCUCCCCCUGUGGUGGCGGGCGGCUGGGGGUCCCAGGCGCGGCGAGCUCGGCAGAGCGACCCUGUCCUUGUGCCCCGCGAGCUUCCGGACUCAGGCCAUUUAAUAUUUUUACCCCAGCAGAAUGACUUACUCUUUACCAAAGUCGCGGUUUUUAAAUGACUGUUAGCCUGAAAACAUGCAGUCGUUUUAAAAAGUUUUUUUAAGUUGAUCUCAUACUCUUUUACAGAGGAGAGUUAGUGGGGAGGGAGAUGGGGAGAGCUUGGCCAACAGGUACAAAGUUACAGUUAGGAGGAAUAUGUUUUGGUGUUCUCUUGCACAUUCGGAUAACUAUACUCAACAGUAAUGUUGACUCAAAAUAGCUAGAGAAGAUGAUGUUGGAUGUUCUCACCACAAAGAAAUGACAAGUGUUUCAGUGAUGGAUGUGCUAAUUACCCUGAUUAGAUGGUUACGCAAUGUUUAUAUGUAUGGAAACAUCACACUGUACCCCAGAAAUACAUACAAUUACAUGAGAAUGCAUAUUAUGGGGAAAUUGACUCCACCACGGACCUAAAUGAAAGGGAUAGGCUAUGCGGUACUUUAAAAAAAAAAAAAAAAAAAAAAACUUUUUGAGCUCGUAAGUG